CCAGCUUUUUGUUGGUCUGGCAGCCACUGGCAAGUAAAAGUUUACUAUUAAAUUAAUAGUUUUAACACAAUAUUAAUAUAUCAGCCAACUAUAUAUUUAACAAUUGAUUUGGUGUUUUUUAAUGCUCUAGCCAUGGAUCAUCGAGUAUUUAUUACACUCCUGUUCGUAUUGAGUGGUACCGCAAAUGUGAUAUUAAUCAAAUGGAUGAGCAUUCAAAUGGUGGAGGGCAGUGAUAGAAAAAAGCAUAGUUUUCAACAUCCAGUCGCUAUGACCUUGCUUAUGUUCCUGGCUGAAUUCUUGUUCUUUGGUGUUUACAAAUUGAUUAGCGCUGUAGUCAGUCGACGAGGCUUAAACGCAGAGCAGGAUCAUAUUUUGACGCGUGGCAGCAAUGAGUUUCAUCCACUCGUCAUGUUACUACCCGCUUUCCUCCGAACAUUAACAUCAAUAUUACUUUUCACCGGUUUAUACUUGACAUAUGCCACCAGCUUCCAAAUGAUUAGAGGUCUUUCACUAAUCUUUGUGGGGCUAUUUAGCACAAUGUAUUUGAACCAGACCUUGAGCUCCCGACAUUGGCUGGCAAUUUUCACCAUGACGUGCGGCAUCAUUGACAUAUUGGCUUUAGACGUGCAACGUGUGGACUACGACUAUACAACUUUACAUCAUAAAGAUCAUAACACCAUCCUUACUGGCGAUCUAUUGGUCAUAAUAGCAGAAAUCCUGCACGCCUUUCUCUAUGUGUACGAAGAAAAGCAUCUAAAGGCCGCAGAUUUGAAGCCCAUUCAGGCAUCUGGUUGGCAAGGAUUUUUUGGGAUUAUCAUCACAGCCCUGGCAGCAGUUUGUCUAAACUUUGUGCCAAGCGCCGUGCCUUUUAACGAGGGUUCCCGUGGAGUCUUCGAUGACCUAACUGAUAUUAUUCCACAGUUGCGUUCUAACAUAAUGCUAAUCCUUGCCCUUAUUGGUUUUGCCUGCUCCUGCGCCAUUUACAACUGCGUGGGAAUGUCCAUUGCGAAGUUCUCGUCGAGCGGCAAUCGUUUACUUGCUGAUGGAAUACGUGUUUAUUUCAUUUGGGCAUUUGUUAUAUUUGCCGAAUGGGAGAUUUUCAAUUUGAUCACAAUUUUGGGUCUUCUUAUACUUCAAACCGGCAUUGUCAUGUACAGACAGGCCAUAUUCCUGGAAUGGUAUCGAUCGACAUUAGCUCGUUGGCAACGUAUUCGAUACAUGGACAUGAAUGCCGAUGCGGUCCCCACGCCCAGCAGUCAGCCGGCAGAUGUUAUCUAAAUGUGUUAUCUGAUGUGAGUGAGUUUAUAGUGAUUGUGAUAUGAGAGGAAAAGACGGCGCUUUUUAAAGGAAAACUACGCGUUCAUGGGAUGAAUCUUGAAAAAUUUACUUAUCAAUUAUAAUAGGCAUGGUAAUAAAUACUUAUAAAAGUUAA